AUGGCAACAGGUAUAAUGCCACCAGUUGCUAAAACAGGUGAAGCAUUUGUACAUGAUCCAAAAGUAGCACAUGAUACAGAAAUGCAUGGUCAAAUUCGACUUUUAUUUCAAGAUGUUACAGGACAUAAUGUACAAGUUCAACGUACACUUGUUGCCACACAAAAAAAAACAAAUAUUAGUUUAAGAACUCUUGAAAGUGUUAUUAUUCGUGAAGAUAUUAAUGGUGAACCAAUACAGAUAACAUCAAAAUGUAUUGAACUUGAUAAAGAAAUGAUUACAGCAUUUGGUGUAUCGACAGCUAUUCUAGAAAAUGUUAUUUUUUGUCAUCAGGAAGAAUCAAAUUGGCCAUUAAGUGAAGGAAAACAAUUAAAAACAAAAUUUGAUGAUAUAUUUGCUGCAACAAAAUAUAUGAAAGCACUUAAAUUAAAUUAA